AUGGCAACCAAACGUAAAGGGAAGACUGUCCCCUGCGAAGGUUGCCGAGAGAGAAAAAAGAAAUGCACUGCGGGACAGCCUUGUGAAAGAUGCAAAAGACUGGGUAUUCAGUGCUAUUAUCUCAAAUCAGUCGCUCCGUCGAAAUUAGAGAGCAUUGAAUCUGUCAAUCACCAAGAAAUUCAAAUGCAUGUUGAAGUAUUGGAAGAUAUCAUGAGAAGUAUGGAAAGAGAAUUGUACCUGUUGAAAUCGCCAUUUCGAGUCAAACAAAUUGCUCAAUACAGCGAGGCGCUGCAUUCUUCUGAUGCAGAUUAUACGACAUCUGAUGAAGAUUUUGACCAUCAUCAUCAUCAAAACAGGCUCAACUCAACCGCCACUGCGAAUCGAUUCUUUAGUCAACAUGAAAUGAACUCCAAUUGGCAACUAACGUUUAGAAAAGAUGGUGGCAUCAGCAUCAACACGGAUAUUCUGAAUUAUGCCAACCUAAUGAAACAUGUGGAGGCAUUGGGAGAUCUUUCCAGCACCAUACCCAUCAUCAAACAGCCUACAUUAGCUUCUUUAUCUGCUGGCGGGGGAUAUCUUCAUCGAAACGUGCUGUAUACAGUGGUUCGAAGAGGAAACUUUAGAGCUAUUUUGAGCUGUAUACAGAAUGAAGCGAGAAAGCAAAUCAUCUCUGCAUCCACCAUGACACCACCGCCAUCUCAGCAUCAUCCAUGCUUAUUGGAGUAUGAUCAGCACAGUAAUAGCAGCAGCAGCAGCAGCAGCAGCAGCAGCAGCAGCAGCAAUAACACACCCAGCAUCGUCUUUGAAAACAAGAACUUGGCUCAGCAACUGGUCAAUGCCUACUUUGCUUGUCGCUUUUUGCAUCGAGUUGUGUUUCAUCAAAAGACAUUUUACGACAUGUUUGUCAAGGGCAGAUAUGAUUUGGAAACAUCACCUGUAGUGUGUGCAGUCUCUGCUGCUGUAUUGACCAUGCAUUGCAAACAUGUCCUGACAUUUGUACCUUACGAUCAGCAAUUGGGACUAGGGGAAUACUACUUUGAUAAGGCUCGUUAUGCUGUAUCGCUCCAGUUUGACGAGCCUUCCAUGGAAACCAUGAUCACGUAUCUCUUCAUGUCCUUGUACAAGUCCAAUCUGCUUCGACCGCAAGACGCCAACAUGUAUUUAGAAAUAGCUAUUCGCAUACGACAAAUUUUAGCUGAGACUGUAUACAAGCAUCCUCCUCCAUCACCCAUCUACUCUAGCACACCGUCUCACCCUAAUACUUUUAAUUCUAUUACUACAACUACUACAACUACUACAACUACUACUACUACUACUACUACUACCAAUACCAUUAAUCAAACCAACACUGACGCUAUUCACACGACUGCAAAUGCCUCGCCUAAACGACUGAGCAAAUCCAAGACGAUGAAUCGAUAUCUGGGAGAGUACGAAACGUUCAAGCGACUGCAUGCUGGAUUCCAAGACUGUGUACAAUUCAUCCAAUUCAUCAACAACCAACGAGGCGUACCCGCAAAGAGCCUGAGUCCGUCCAGAAACAAGCCCUCCAUGCUGAACCAGGAAAACACAUCAUUCAAGCAGCUGUUUCAAGAGAUUUGCGCAGAGACCUAUGAUCCCAAGCCGUUGCCAGACGAAUCCAGACACACUGCGCGAGCCAUCUUAAAGGAACACUAUGUGGGUCGCAUUGCUAAAGUGGUAGGCCCUUAUUUCAGACGUGUGCGCUGGAGUGAAAGUGAUUUGAUUCCAUUGUCCUUCUUGAUGAAGACAGAGGAAGAUCUAAACCAGGUGUACUUUCACCAAAUACCGCUGGAUUUCAGAUUGGCUCCCUCUAUCUUUGAAGACGGUAUCAGCAAUACAGAGUUUAGAAAGAGACUACAGGAAGACGGUAGAACAGACAUCAACUCUGUCACCAUUGCAGCUCGCUAUUAUCAAUCGUUGCUCGCAUUGCACGAGCCAUUCCAGCCCACCAUUCGUCGAUCUCGCAAAGGCGUCCAUGACAUUACACUGUUGGUGCCAGAAAAUCUUGAGGAUUUCGACUUUAAGCAGCAAAAGAAGCGCAAAAUGUGUUUACUUGCCACAUCAACAUCAUUACCAUCAUCAUCAUCUGAAGAAGAAGAGGAGGAAGAGGAGGAAGAAGAUGAUGCCAAUGUGUUAUCUGUGCAUGCGCUAAGAGCACAAGAAGUCUGCUACAAAUGCUCCAUCCUUGUUGUACGUCUCUUGGAAUUCCAAUGCACCGUUUUAGAAGCUUGCACUAUACCAACACCGUCCCUGUUUUGUGCCUGGGACACACUGAUGCGCAAUUCAUGUCUCGGCAUGGAUGAAGACGACUUGAAGGCAUCUGGCGUCAACAACUAUCUCAGUGCCAAGGACAUUGAACUUGCUCGUGAGUAUGCUGUUCGUUGCAUCGAGGUGCUUCGGCGAGGCUAUCUGUUCAACGGAGCAGAACGAGAAGUGUUUGAAUAUUAUGAGAAAAUCGAGAGCCAGCUGUUGACUGCAUUAUGUAAAUCCGCCUCCCCAACAGCGAAAUAUUGGGAACCUGUAUCAAAUUGGUGA